CCAGCAAAGCGCGUCACUGCCGUGCCUGCCAACCAUAGCUGCCAACCGAGAGGAGUGUUGUGUGUGUGUCCGGUUCGGCUGUGUGUAGCAUAAAGAAGAAGUAGGCUACAGUCCUGUCUGUGUUUGUUUGACCGCAGAAAUGAGCAAACACAAGUCAUAUUUCGAGAACACCAGAUAACGAUACAGCGACGUUUAACCGACGUUUGUACUGCGUCAGUGAAACGUGAACGUGAUGCGUUUCAACGAGAAGGAGCUGGUGUGUCUGAGCCGCCAGCCCUCGGAGAUGGCAGCCGAGCUGGGGAUGCGAGGACCCAAGAAAGGAGACGUUGUGAAGAAGAGGCUGGUGAAACUCGUCGUUAACUUCCUCUUUUAUUUCCGAAUUGAUGAGGAGGAGCCAAUUGGAGCUUUGCUGCUGGAGCAGUGUCGGGUGGAAAGGGAGGACAGCCAGAGCUUUUCUAUUACAUUUCUGGAUGAAGCAGAGAGGAAGUAUCUGUUUGAGUGUGACUCAGAAGAGCAGUGUAGGCAGUGGGUAGACUCGAUUAUGAAGGCCAGUUACGAGUUCAUGAGGAAGAACCUUAUAUUCUAUCGAACUGAAAUCCACAGGCUCACUGGCAAGGACCCCUUGGAGCAGUACGGUAUAUCUGAUGAAACUCGCUUCCAGGUCAACAAUGGCCUGCGACUUACGCCUAGAGAUACCUCCUCCCUGUAGAGCAGCUACCUGUGUCCAGAUGUACUUUAUUUUCAUUUCAGUCCGCCCUGCAUUAUCAUAAGCACACCAGCUUUUUAGAUCCUCACUGCUCUGAAUGUAUUUAGUGUUGCAGGGCAUUCACACCCAUUUUUGUACCCUCAUUGUGUUUUAAAACUUUGUUGUGGCAGCGAUAAAGGUAUUAAUGUUUCCUUUUUACCGUACGGGAUUCUCAAACCGCCUCAAACCAUAGCUCAAAACACUCUGACAAGUCGGAUCUCCCCCGCCAGAGCCUAAACAUACUACCCCCAUUCAAAAUAAAUGGAAAGACCUGUGUUUUUUGUAGGACGGCCAACGCAGGCAGACUGAACACGGCCUUAUAGCGGGAUAUCUAAGGCCGCGCAAAGUAAUGGAGUGAUAACGUUGAUUAUUUCUUUUAUUUCAAUCAUCACACGUUACACAGGGCUGUGGAAAAGUAGGCACGCUUAGUUUUGGUUUAGGGGAUAUUACAUGCUAUUUUCCGACUUUUUGUCUUGGUUAAUUGGUUGUCUUUAAUAACGUGUUUUAAACUAUGUUUUCUACUGGACUUUUAGACAAUGUGAUUUUCAGAGCAUCUGAUGGUGUACUUGUGCUGUAGAGCUGUGACUUUCUUUCAGGACUGUUUGUAAUAUGAACACUAUUGGGUUUAACAAGAAUCAAUCCAGGACAUAUGAAUAUUGAUAACUGAGUAAAUGUAUGCUGCUUGAAGAAGCUUAUGAUUAUUAGAUACAGUGCCCAAUUUAGAAAAUCUUUGGCAGUAUUUACUGUCCCAAUUUAGACUGCAUGGGCCCUUUCAUUUGCUGAGCUGAGCCACCCAUUUCACUCCAUUUUUGCUUGUGAGAAAGAUAUUUUUUAGCUAUCCCAUUAUGUUUUUAGCCCAUUUAGACUAUUUAGUUUUAAAAACUAUAUUUAUGCACAAACUACUGGGUGUUGAGGUUUUUUUUUAAUUAUUAUUCUAAUUUCACUCAUUUACUUGAACCUACUGUACCUUUUCUGUGGCACUUUGAAUCAGAUUUAUUUUAGAUAAGCUGUUGGACCAACUUCUUUGACUACAACAGAGUUGCAGCUAAUGCUUAGUUGAAACAUUGCUCUCAAUCUUAUUUCACUGUCCUGCUACUCGUAGAGUAAGGUCUGGCAAUGCGAGACUACUAUUCUGCACAUUGGUAAGAUAUUGAUUUCAGCAAUCAGGAGUCUAACCACAUACAGGAUAUGUCAUUUAAUGUAUUUCCAACCUUUGCACAAUGAAUGUGUUUAGUCUGUUUUUAUUUCAUGUUGGAUUAUAUUUUUCACUUUUUUUCCAUUUUUUGUUGUUGUAAUAAAGCCAUUUGAAAGACUGUAAA